AAAUGCUUUUAAAAAUACGACAUGCCCUGCUGGAAGUGGCUAAUCAUCCGAAUGCCAAACAAUCUGCCGUGAUCAUAAAUAAUGAACUUAUAAUAACCUCGGGAUGCAUACUACAGCCCUAUGUGCGUCCCAUAUUACCAUUUGUCGCGGAUCACAGCAACGAAAAUGUUUGUGCCAGCACAAAAAUCAUACACAAAUUACAGCAAUGCCGUUUGGUUAAUGCCCAAGACGUGGACACAGAUGAGGCACAACAUUUGAAUGCCCUCAACUACCAGGUAACCUUUGAUCGUCGUAAACUACCAGCGGCUGUAACAGAUUCCAAACACAAUUCCAAUGUUCCACACAUUCUCACCCGAUAUCGAGCAAAGCUUUUAUAUAUAUUUAGCUCGAAAGAGAUAUCCCGAAAUCUACAUAAAAUGUUAAGUUCUAUGAGUUUCCAGGAUUCGCAAACAAAAGAUCACAAUGAAGUGCUGCUAACAAGUUUCCUUGUUUUAACAAUGCGUCCAACGAGUGUUACGACCACAGCACCGGAAAAAUUUGAAAGAUUUCUCGAACACAUCGCCCAUUAUUUAAGAUAUAUACAUCCGAUACGACCAUUGGAUGAUGUCCUAACAAUGUGUACGCCAUUUGGUUUGGAAAAUUUCUAUAAAACCAUAAGUAUUGGAAAAGUGUCGAAUGUUAUUGGAAAGAACGGUUCCUUGUUUGUUCUCUCCAAUAAUUUGCCGCUAGGAUGUGAAGGUUCGGCUGUUUUUAAUAAUAAAUUACGUUUAAUUGGUCUCAUCAUCAGUACGGCAUUCCAGCGCAACAAUGAAAAUCUACAAAUGACAAUCGCUGCAAAUUUUGCAUUUUUAUUGCGUGAUUUUAUGAAUCAAUUGGGUAUAAAAAUUACCACAAUUACCAUACCCCGAGAACCAUCUAAUUUUGCCUGGGAACGUAGCUUGGUGGUAAUCGAAGCUAAUGGCAAUCAGGGCACUGGAACGUUUGUUAAAGUGCAAAAUAAAAAAUUCAUAAUUACUUGUUCGCAUGUUGUUUUUCAGGUCAAUUCCACCGUAUAUUGUCGUGGUGUUGAUGGUGAAUUUGAAUCCGAUGUGCUGUGGCGUAAUCCCAAUUAUGAUACCGCCUUUGAUGUGGCCCUCUUGUCGACACCCUCACACAUUCCCUCGCGCUAUUGUGUACGUUUGGCGCAAACAAAACCCUGUUUGGGACAAACUGUUUACAAUGCCGGAUUUCCCUACUUUGUUAAUUUCAAUUUAAAAUAUGAUUUCAAUCCGUCAAUAUUUCAAGGACGUAUUAUCAAAUAUACACCAGCGGCUAUUAUGUCCGAUGGUUGUGUUCAAGCUGGACAAAGUGGAGGUCCUAUGUUCGAUGAACACGGUAAUAUUAUGGGUGUGUGCGUGUCGAAUAUUAAAAUGGAUAAUGUCGUCUAUCCGAAUAUCAAUAAUGCAAUACCGAUUGUGACAAUACGUUCCAUAUUGGAGGAUUAUGCGAAAACAAAUGAUAUCCACAUUUUAAAUAAUCUGGUUGCAAAUCCUGAUAUACAAAGAGUGUGGGCUUUGAAGCCACCACCUAUUAUAAGUAAACUGUAAUUGGCGUGUGAUUUUUUUAU